AUCGUGGCGUCCACUAGUGGCACCGGAAGUGGAACCCGCAUCAUGUACUGGUUCCGCUCGAAGAAACUCAAGGAGCGGCUGGCCCUCGGGUUCGGCGCUUCGCUCGUGCUCUUCACGCUGCUGCUCGUGAUCGAUCUGCAGAUGGAUUUGGGUGUGUCGCGCGGUGAGUUUAUCCCGUCGCACGGCCGGGUGCGGUACGCGAACCAGGAGGACCGGAGCGGGAUUUACAACGAGUUCCACCGGAAGUAUCUGGCCAAGAGCAAUGCGUCCGGUUCGAAGGAGUACCUAACGACGAACGCACACAACACUGCACACCGGGGCCACACGGACACGUCGGGGCCCGGGUUUCCGGCCAAGGCGGCCACGACUGCUCCGCCGCCACACGAUCGAUUUAAAGACCUCACCGCGCUGGUGGUGGCUCCACGCAAUCGGCGGAGGCCUGAAGCGCACGAAAAGAUCAUCGUGAAGGAGGACCUAUACGCGGCGGCCGCAGAAGAUGGCGGAGAGUCGAACCCGACGCUCGGUGACGUGCUCGACCUGAAGCCCGGUCCGAACGCGUCCAACCUGGAGCGCUUCCAGUUGCGCAUCUCGAAGCGAGAACUGUACCGGAAGGGUGACCAGCUGGUAAAUGCCGUCGUGGACGAUAUGGUGCGGCUACCGAUCCUGCAUGUGGUGCAGAAGGAGGGUGGCACGCAGCUGAAGCUGAUCAUCGACUAUCCGAACGAUAUCCACGCGCUCUUCAAACCGAUGCGAUUCCCGCGCGAACAGCAGACGCUACCGAAUCAUUUCUAUUUCACCGACUACGAGCGGCACACGGCGGAGAUCGCGGCCUUCCACCUCGACCGGCUGAUGGACUUUCGGCGUGCGAUGCCCGUGACCGGGCGCAUCCUGAACAUCACGACCGAGAUCUACCAGGUGGGCGAUGAGGUGUUGCUGAAGACGUUCUUCGUGUCACCGUCGAACAAUCUGUGCUUCCACGGCAAGUGCUCGUACUACUGCGACACGUCGCACGCGAUCUGCGGUAACCCGGACACGCUGGAGGGUUCGUUUGCCGCGUUCCUGCCGACGCAGGACGAUACGCAGCGGAAGGUAUGGCGUCAUCCUUGGCGCCGCUCGUACCACAAGCGCAGGAAGGCCCAGUGGGAGACGGACUCCGACUACUGUACGAUGGUGCGGGACAUUCCACCUUACGACGAGGGCCGCCGAUUGCUCGAUCUGAUGGAUAUGGCCGUCUUCGAUUUCCUGACCGGCAACAUGGAUCGGCACCACUACGAGACGUUCAAGAUCUUCGGCAACGACACGUUCCCGAUCCACCUCGAUCACGGCCGGGGCUUCGGGCGGCCGUUCCACGAUGAGCUCUCGAUCCUGGCGCCGGUCCUGCAGUGCUGCCUGCUCCGGGCAUCCACGCUUGAGACGCUACUAAAGUUCCACAACGGACCGAAACCGCUGUCGGAAGCGAUGCGCGAUUCGAUGGCGAGCGAUCCGAUCGCACCGGUCCUGUGGGAACCACAUCUGGUCGCGCUCGAUCGGCGCGUUGCCAUCGUGCUGCAGGCCGUCCGGGACUGUGUGCGAAAGUCGGAGGACGACGGUGAUCUCCACCACCACGACACGAACGUGCUCGGCGAGGACAGUGGGGCGGCGGCACGGAACGGUUUCUAUCGGUCCUAGCGGCGGCAACCCGAGGACAGUCGUCCCCGCCGCAGGAUCUUCGACGGACGGGACUUUCGGUCGCGAAGUCCCGCACUCAAUCGGCUGUUGGCUGCGAGCCGAACGUUGUACAUAGUCUAGGCACGGAUAGGGCAACUAGAACUCUUAGAGGGCAACCAGACGGACACGCUGGCCAGAGCUUUAGGGGUGGCGAAAGGGUGCCCCACGUUUUCAGCCAGGAUCAGUCAUCUCGCGCGUAUGUACGUUGUUUGGUGAAUGUGGUGUGAAUGAUCGGAAGACAGUGCGAGUUGUUAGUGCGACCAAGUUCAAGGUUACGUUAAACGUGCGACACUUCUUGAGGUUCCUAAGACGACCGACGACGAUGACCGGAUCGAAUCGAAGCAUAGAUUAUGAUGUCCACCCAACCAAGGGUGGGAAUUUCGCCACGUUGCGCCACAAACGACACACUCGAUCGGAUCGAACGGAAGUGGUACGCGUGGUGCGCUGGUUGUUGAAUAGUGUUAACUCAAAAAACCUGGAUCGAAUGUGACAAGUGUUGUAUAGUGUGUGGGCACGUAAGUUUACGACUUUUUCGUUAAGUUUCCGUUGUGUCCUUGGUCAGCAAGGCCCCGGGUGCUAGCAGAGCACCCGCGCCCAAUGUUUUAUUCUUUACCCUUUACGCCGUGCACAACACGCGGUAGCUGUGAGGCCAAAGUUUUUCCACAUAACCACUAGAGCAACGGGAAACUAGUUCCCGACGGAAGGGCAGACGAGGAAAAGGGGAACCUUUUCCUUGUGUAAGAAGGAAGUGUAAGCCGAACCGUUAGCAAGGGACGAGCCUUUUUAUUGAUCGCCCUACCCGCCCUAUUUCCAUUUUUCUAAUCUGUUGUUAAGUUUUGUACUUUCGGCCCAGCCCGGACUAGCCCGGUGGCCAACGGUGUAAAUUAUUGAUGUAGAGUUUUUAAUAUGUAAAUUUGGGACCCCUAACCCCCCCACAUUUUCUCAGCGGUAGAUUUUUUACCAGCACCUUGGACGUUGGACAUUCUCUUCCCACUUCCAAUUCCCGCGACGGUUGUAACUAGGUUUUUAGAGCAAGGAAAGAAAACUAUGCGAAUAUAGUUUGGAGAAAGGAAUAGAUAUGUAGCCAAAUGGACCCGCGCGAUCCCCUACCGUGACUACGGACUCUAACAAGUAAAGUGAUAUGAUAGACAAGCGGAAAAAUGAGGCAAAUAAAUGACAAACAACAAAACCCCUCGCGGGCGUAGCCACCGUAGCGCUGGAAUCAGAAAUCGGUUUUUAAUCGCACCCCAAUUCCUCCCAUUGAAAGCCCUAGCCGAUGUUUCGAUGGGGUACCGAUAUUAAUUGUACCCCAUCAAGCAUGUAACCCGACGGCGAACGUUGUGUGCGUACCAGUCCCAAGAGCCCUUGACGUGGCGUGGUCGAGCAGCAAUUUCACAAAUCACCACCAACAAAUAUUACAUUAAAUCCCCAGCUGCUGGACUGCUGGAUUGCGGGUGAACUAUGCUUCCCCGCCCGAGACAGCAAGUACAAACCGCGUGCGAUCGCGCGAGAAAAGGGCCCCUCGGAGAAGGAGAAUUGAAUGCACACCGCACCGCGCACCGCAGAGCAUAGCUCUUUUCCCAGCACAUACGCCCAUCUGCUUAAUGAGGUUGCAUCAGCAUAAGCAAUGAUGAUGCACCAUCGAAGAGGCAAACAAAACCGGGUGGGAAUGGGCUAAAAACUCAACGCGAGGAAACUCUCACCCAAGCCAACAAAAACGAAUGCCGCACAAUGAAAGUUACUGCUGUGCCUGCCUGUGAGUGUAUGGCCAAAACCUGAUAUCGAAACCGACAAAAAUAAUCACACAAAACAAAUGGUAAAUGAAAUAAUCUUACAACAAUAACACGAUAACAAUGAUAGUACUACGCGAAGCAAGAAUAUCAAAAAUUAUAGCAAUACAGCCCUCGUGUGGGAAGCGAGGCUGCCGCACCCGUUCGCGCCGUGUCGUAUCCAUUCCUUUCCGCAACCCGCAAGAAUAGCAACACCCGGCAACGGCCGGUUGUUGAAAACACAGUUCCUCUGCUAUUGUUUGUUUGUUGCUCCACGCAAGAGGAGAUGCUCGAGAGGGAUCGAUGAAUAUGAUCGAUUCGAUAGAUGCCAAAAAUAAAGCUCAAAAGCAACAAGAAGGAACUGGAAACGGCACUGAACAGCAUAGCAAAAGCAACACCUCACAGUCUCAGAUCAUGGAAACUAUCUCCCCCCCAGAGCUGUGCCAAGGGGUAUCGAUUACUCGGGGUACGCUCUCUGGGUUUGGGUUGAAGUACUUCGCUGUUGACGGUUAUGAUCCUCUCAUUCUCUAGAAUUUAUUUUUCGUCUGGGAUCACGCUCUUUUGCGUCACAUCUUUCGCGGCGCGGUAAUUAAAAGGGCAUACAGCGCCGUAACCCAAGUGGACGGGCCAGUAGACCGAGGCGCAUAAGCAAAUUUGUGGGCUCUUCAAAUUUGAGAACCCGUCCGCCGGGGAUCAGUCACCCGGAAACGCCGCAGAACCGUGCGAAACGUUUUCGGAUACUUUCAAGUACCAUCACACACCACGCGAGGGGCCACGUUAAAGAGCGCCAUCCGGCCGGCAAAACUGCUGUUACAUGCGCGUUCCGUUGCGUGUUUACCAUUCGUUAUCCGUUUUUCCGUACACCGCCACCAAAGCCUAUUUAGCACCACACGUUUCCAGACGGCCAAACUGCGGGGGAAUUGAGCAAACACAAGGAUAGUGAGGGGCGGGAUAGAAAACAGUGUCAAACUCUGCACAGGAACAGGGGAAGCGAAUCGAACAAACUAAAUAUACUAUCCUACUACACACACGAUAAACCGUGCAUAAGACGAAGAAUCGAUCAAAAAUUAAAAGUCUGUUGUUACUGUUAGAGAGAGAGAGAAGGAGAGCAGAACUGGAGGAGCGUUAAUAAGGUGACGAAAAGUAAUAUACCAUAGGUAAUAAACAAACAACUGAUCAG